GUGCUUAUAGAAUAGAUAGCACAGAUUCUGAGAUAUCGAGAUAUUUUGUUUACUAUAAAUAUUGAGAGAUAGGACACUCCCGUGGUGUUAUAUCGAGAUUGAUAGUGGUUUAAAAGUUGUUAGGAAGAUGCAGUGGAACGCAAACGACAAGACAUUUUUAAUUACCGGCGGAGCGUCCGGUAUGGGAGCCGCGUACGCAGAGGCUUUUCUAAAUAAUGGAGCAAAGCGGGUAGCUAUACUAGACAUCGCGGUGGAGGUCGGCAAGGCGACGGCUGAGCGGCUGAACAAGAGUCACCCCGACAAGGCGGUGUUCAUCAGCUGCGACGUGAGCAAGGAGGAGGACAUAGCUGCCGCCUUCGCCGCGGCGCUCGCGCAGCUCAAGCAGAUCGACGUCAUCAUCAACAACGCCGGCAUCAUGGUCGACGCGCCCAGCAUGUGGAGAACUGCUACAGACGUUAAUUAUCAAGGAUUGGUAUCAAUGUCAUUAAAAGGAAUCGAGCAUAUGAGAAAGGAUAAAGGUAGUGCUGGUGGAACUAUAGUCAACAUAGCUUCAACCGUCGCUUUAUCUAGGACCCCAGCUUUACCAAUCUACAGUGGUUCGAAAAUAGCUGUUCUUCACUUCACCCAAUGUAUAUCGGUGAAACCUUUCUACGAAAACACAGGUGUCCGAUUUUUGACAAUGUGUCUGGGACCCACGGACACUCCGUUGCUACAAAAUUUAGCAGCAAGGGCAUACGAUCGAAAAAUUGGAGAUUUCUUUGCUGCAAGAGUUGAAGCUAAAGGAAUGAUAUUUCAAAAGGUGGAGUCAGGAGUCAAGGCAAUGGUUGACAUGUUCAAUUCCGGCACGCCAGGCUCAAUUUGGCUGUCCAUAGACAACAAACCAGUGCAAGACAUAUCUCCAAAAGUAAAUAGUGCUUUCGAAGGUUUCGAGAAAUUAUUGUUUGCUCCGUAAAAAAAGUUUAAACUGUCGAAUUUUGCAAAAAACACGUAUUUACAAAACUGUAAAAUUGCGAUAAGAUAUCCUCACAGGAAUAUUAAGCUUACGUAUAUUAGGCAAUAAAUUAAUUUCCGCUUU